AUGGGACAGCAAUUUUUACCUUCAUCUACUGAAUCUUCGCCCGGCCUACCCCAGUCACUAGGAGCCAGUGGCGUUUCAGGUGUCAUGGCUUCACUGCUUCCUGGCUGUCAAGCCUCGAGUGGCUUCGUCUUCACCUCUCCUCCUUCCGCUAUUCCCUCUGUUUCCGCCUCCUCCAACUCGGUCCAUUCGACACACACCAACUUUGCUCGUGUCGGAGAGUUUAGCCUGACCGAGCUGGCGAGGCCAUGCUGUGCUUCCGGAGCACCCGGGCUUUCCGGCCAUUCGGGCUUGUCUGGGCCGCGCGGUCAGCAGAGUACUGGUCCGUCCUACCGACUAUCACACAGCUAUAGCGCCCAGGAUGCCAGCAGUCUCAUACACCAGCAGAAACAGUAUCAACAACAGCACCAACUGCAUCAACCCAAUUGUGCAUUUCAACCGGCCACCCCGAAGCUCCGUUACUCCAGCCACCAUAUUCAUCCGGCACAACAACAGGGGCCGCUAUCACACCCACCCCUCCCUCUGCCACUGCACACAGCACAUGUGGCUCAUGGGCAACCGCUUCCACAGCAUCUCGCCUAUGCCGCCCUCAGCCAGCCUCACCCGGGCCUCUGUAACGCCUCCAACCUCAUCUCUGGAUGUUCGACGCCCUCGCAAUCGCGACUGGGACAGCUGCCGCCGGCCUCGGGGCAGCGACCCAACUUGAUGCUCAACCCACUCUCCCCUUCAACGACCGCCGGCACUGGGCUCUCCGGAGUUGCGGCUCCACUAGCGACCUCCGGCGUGACCACAGGCGUCGCUCCUAUUCCAGGACCUGCCGGUCCACGGUCGGCGUCGUCUGCUCGAAUGCUCGCCACACCUGCCUCUGGGUCCGGUCCCCCAGUGGGUCCCUCAUGUCAGCCAGCCUCAGGAUUCGUAGGAAGUAGCCUGGCCGCAGGACCACCAGCCUCCUCCGUGCCCGGUGUCACUGCCCCAACAGCCUCGCCCUCUUCCUCGCCUGCUGGGCCUGGCCUCCUCUUGCUCCCCAGACCUGGUGGUGAUAUGCAAGUGGAAUCCAACGGCCCUGUCCUUCCCGGGCUCGUGGGGCCGCCGUCAGCUGGGCUUUGUCGUUUUAUACCUGGUCAUCCGGGGAGAUUUUAUGCCAACGGCGAGAUGGCAAGUGCUGCAGCCGCCUCUCUACUCUGGCCCGGUUAG